CACACAUCAAAUCAAAAAAAUAACCUGGUUACUGGUUUGUCAAAUUUUGUAGACACUAAAAUUAAUUUGGUAUUAUUAUAUAUUUUAUGGUUGCAGCAAUUUAAAUAGAAUAAUAAAUGGCAUCAUCGCGACUCCAGGCUACUGCGCGUCAUCUAUCAAAAACUUUUAAGAGAAAAGGUAGAUUUGAAAUAGGUAUAGCAUCAGAGUUGCCUCAAGCCUAUAAGAAGUUUUGGCGCGAGUGGAAAGUACUCAAACCAGCUGCUGUCCACUUUGUACCUCAAGAAGGCAAGUGGAAGCGUGAUGAGCUGACUGGAGAGACAUUUCCGAUUCAAAACAUACCAAUUCCACUGAAAUACCCUGCUGAAGUCCAUGAUGGAAUAUGGGGUGGUGAGGCUGUAGUCAAAGGUUUUCAGAAACGUGAUACUCGCCGACGCAGAGUACCACACUACUGGGUGCCAGUUCUAAAGAGAACUGUUGUAAAGUCUGAAGUGUUGAACACUCAUCUGUCGGUUACCGUCACUGACCGGACCAUAAGCCUUAUCAAUGAUCAUUAUGGAUUUGACCAUUAUUUGCUCAAGACACCAGCCUGCGACUUAGUGUCAAUGUUGGCAUUGAAGCUUAAGAAGCAAAUACUAACUGAACUUAUGAAUGGGUGCCCAAGAUAUGCACAUGAUGCUCAGAAACAAAAAGAAAUUUAUGAAGAAUACAAAACAUAUUUGACAUCAUACACGCCUGAAGAAAUUGAGUGGUAUGGGUUAACCUGGUAUGAAGCACUUACUAAAGUGGCCAAGCAAAAGGAGGCUGCCAACAAACCAGUUCCUCUAAAGAAUGUGUACAGGAAGAACCUUGUGGAAAAGUUGAAAGCAGCAGGUAUCGAGGGUAGCUCUACGUCUGCUGAUGAUAUAACAAGCACCACAUCGUGGCUCGCCAAAAUGAACCCAUUCGGGAAAAAAGACGAAGCUUAGCUGUUUUGCUCAUGUAGUCAAAUUGAGUUUGAUUGGAAAUGUAUAAAAUUGUUAUGUUUUAGACAAAAUGUUAUAUUGAAUUAGAUAGACAUGUUUCUUUCAUGUGGUAGAGUGUUUUGAAUUAUAAAGUUCCCUAAUCCUUGUACAUAGGUUCUUAUACAGAAGGUGGCAUAAAACAGUUGCGUAAAUAUAAACUAAAAAACGA